UAUAACGUCGGGAGCGCACCGCGCAGCGCUCGCCAGGUUCCCGCCGCCAUGGACUCGCUGCUGGGCUGCGCGCUGCUGUUCCUGGACAUAGCCAUUAAGUGGACUGCCCAGGAGGUUCUACCCCCAAAGUACCUCCACUACGACCUGGAGUCCUCUCGCCAGCUGCUGUGUGACAAGUGUCCUCCCGGCACCUUCCUCCAGCAGCACUGUACGGCAAAAAGGAAGACAGUGUGCGCCCCGUGCCCCGACCACCACUACACGGACAGCUGGCACACCAGCGACGAGUGUCUGUACUGCAGGCCUGUGUGCAAAGAACUGCAGCGCAUCAGGCAGGAGUGCAACCGCACACACGACCGCGUGUGCGAGUGUGCGGAGGGCCGCUACCUGGAGCUGGAGUUUUGCCUGAAGCAUCGCAGCUGCCCCCCAGGCUUUGGAGUGGCACAGGCUGGAACCCCGGAGCGCGACACAGUUUGCAAGAGAUGUCCAGAUGGGUUCUUCUCGAAUGAGACGUCAUCUAAAGCACCCUGUAGAAAACACACAAAUUGCAGUGUAUUCGGUCUCCUGCUAACUCGAAAAGGAAAUGCAACACAUGACAAUAUAUGUUCUGAAAAUAGUGAAUCAACACAGAAAUGUGGAAUAGAUGUCACCCUGUGUGAGGAGGCCUUCUUCAGAUUUGCAGUUCCUACGAAGUUCACGCCUAACUGGCUGAGUGUCCUGGUGGACAACCUGCCUGGCACCAAAGUCAAUGCAGAGACUGUCGAGAGGAUAAAACGGCGGCACAGCUCACAGGAACAGACUUUCCAGCUGUUGAAGUUAUGGAAACAUCAAAACAAAGACCAAGACAUGGUCAAGAAGAUCAUCCAAGAUAUUGACCUGUGUGAGAGCAGCGUGCAGAAGCACAUUGGGCAUGCGAACCUCACCUUCGAGCAGCUCCGCAGCCUGAUGGAGAGCCUGCCAGGGAAGAAAGUGGGAACGGAAGACAUUGACAAGACGAGGAAGGCAUGCCGAUCCCACGAGCAGAUCCUCAAGCUUCUCAGCCUGUGGAGAAUUAAAAAUGGCGACCAAGACACCUUGAAGGGCCUCAUGCAUGCACUCAAGCAUGCCAAGACCCACCACUUCCCCAAAGUCGUCGCCCAGAGCCUGAAGAAGACCAUCAGGUUCCUGCAUAGCUUCACAAUGUACAAGCUGUAUCAGAAGCUGUUCUUAGAAAUGAUAGGGAACCAGGUCCAGUCAGUAAAAAUAAGCUGCUUAUAACCGGGAUGGCCAUUGACUCUCUCCCCAGUGGGCCAGAUCCCUGGCUGAGUACAUUGUUUUCAGGCACUUGAGGGGUGCAGGGACUUCAUUUUCGUCACCAAUGACUCAUUUUGCCACAGGGCACCAAAAGAAACUAUGAUGUGGAAAAAGAGCUAACGUCUUCCCAGAAGCUUUAAUGAACCCCAGAUGGUUAAGCCGGUUAUCAGAUCAGGUCCCAUAUCUACUGACUGUAUUUCCCCUCAUUACCGCUUACAGUAAUUCAACUGGAAGUAAACAAACUAGAUGCCAUUGUGCUGUACUGAAUAUGGAAUGUCAGACUUAAAUAGCUUUGAGAUUUCUGCUGCGCUAGAGGGUUAUUAGAAAGCCAUAUUUCUUUUCUGUAAAAGUUACUCAUAUAUCUGUAACACUAUUACAGUAUUGCUAUUUAUGUUCAUCAAGAUUAAGAUUUGUACAUAUUAUCAUCCUAAAGAGAAAUGGUAUAAGACUUAAUUUUAGAAAGAAAAAGAUUAUAUUCUGUUGAUUAUUUUGACAAAUGAAAGAGAUAAAAUAUAUUUUUUAAUGAAAAGUUUAUAACAUUUUUCUAAUAGGUACUACCAUUUUUUUCUGUGUGGAGUGUUUUUAUAAAUUUAUCUGUAUAAGCUGUAAUACCAUUUUAUAGAAAAUUAUUAGUCAAUUGUUUAAUGUUUGAAAAUGUAUGAAAUAUAAAUUAUCUGAAUAGUAGAUGCUCUGAGAAAUUGAAUGUACCUUAUUUAAAAGAUUUUAUGGUUUUACUAUAUAAGCAACAUCAUUAAAGUUUUCAAAUUAUUUUU